AUGUCGGAGAUACUCUCCAAUCAGUUGGUGCUGCAGCACUCGAUCCAGAGAGCACUGGAUAACUUCAAAAGGCUUGGCAAAGGAAAUCUGACAGCGGCAAAGAUUCGCUCACGAAUCGCUACUCUCAAGGACAAUUGGCGCCCGCUUCCACAGAAUAUUUCGCCAAAGGUCAUUUCGACAAGACUGAGAAGGCGUACAAUCUGGCGUUGGACGGAGUGCUUGGAGGAGCUCGAUCCGGUCGUGAGUCACAACCAAUCAGUCGAGAGCACACAUAUGACAACGUCUUCUGACGCGUCCGCGUUGUCUGUCUUAAGUUUGCCGACCAUUCGAUUGCCACCGUUCGACGGCAACUACGCGGAAUGGGAAACUUUCCGCGAUCGUUUCACUUCGCUAAUAAUUCAGAAUAAAAAUAUUACGGAUUUUGCCCGCAUGCAUUAUCUUUCGUCGUCAUUGAAGGGUCCCGCACUCGAGUGUAUUAGUAAGAUUAAAAUUACUGCAAAUAAUUUUAAUACUGCGUGGAAGACGCUAGCGGCGCGAUUCGAGAGUAAAAGACGAACGCUUUCGUCUCUUCUAUCGACGUUGCUCAGCCUGCCGACUCUGACUCGUGAGUCCGCGUCCGAUUUCCAAUCGCAAUGCGACAAAGUAAAUAUCGCGCUCGCGUCAUUAGAAAAACUUAAUCGCUCUGCGAGCGAUCUAUGGGAUGAUAUGCUUGUCCAUCUUAUGUCGAAUCGCUUGGAUCCGAUCACGCGUAAGGGGUGGACUCUUCAUACGAGUGGCGUCGACGCGCCGCCGACUUACGAGGCGCUAAAUCAAUUUCUGACGUAUCGCAUCCGCGCGUUGGAAGAAUGCGCGUUGAGUUCCGCUACGAAGUCGUCGAAACCUGCGGCGUCUUCGCGCGUUCACGUCGCGACCACGUUCGACGGCGCAGCGUCGGCUUCCCCCUUGUGCAAGGCCCGUCAUUAUUUGAAUGCGUGCCCUGACUUUAUAACAAAAAAUGUAAAUCAGCGACGCGAAAUGGUCAAACGCUUCAAACGCUGCUUUAAUUGUUUAAGCAGCCGUCACGCAGCUCCGGAAUGCAAUAGUAAAUAUAGUUGUCGGUCAUGCGCUCAUCGACAUCAUUCGAUGCUACAUAGUGACGCGGAUUCGAGUUCUGACUCUAACGCCGUCGCCGUGCGCAAAGCGCAGCCUUCGACUUCGUCCGCCGCUGCGGGCGAAGUACACUCUAUGCUCGCGUUUACAACGUCGAGCCUCAAAUCACAAAUUCUUUUGGCGACCACAGCUCUGGUCGACCAGAGUUCCGAAGCCACAUUCAUAUCGGAGAAUUUUGCUCAAUUAUUGCGUGCGAAGCGGAUCCGAAUGUCGGUCGCAAUUUCGGCCGUCGGUGGCAUCGACGUCGGCACUGUUCGACAUGCUACCUCCAUUCUUAUCUCUUCUCGCGAUUCAGAUUCCCCGUCUCUGUCGACGACCGCGCUCAUUUUGAGUUCUCUUACUUCAUACGCGCCAAAACGCAUGUCGGAUCUUGCGACGAUUACGCACCUGUCCGGUAUUAAAUGGGCGGAUGCUGACCCGACAAGCUCCGACCCGAUUAACGUUAUAAUCGGUGCGGACGUAUACGGCGAUUUAAUUCAGGAGGGAGUUCGGAGAGGAGAGCGCGGGCAACCCGUCGCGCAAAACUCAAUUCUCGGGUGGAUAGUCUCCGGGCCGCUCGCGCCCGAUUCGCGCUCGCCCGGCGAAGCGAUCAACAAUUCAAAUGUUUCGCUCUCUUCUUUUCACGUCGCGGCGCAUCAUUGCUCGCCCUCUCCGUCUCUCGAUGAAGAGCUACGACGAUUUUGGGAGAUUGAGGAACUCCCUCACGCUCAUGCUCUCACUCCGCAAGACGAUCAAUGCGAAUCUCAUUUUCGCGCUACUCAUUCGCGAUGUUCGGACGGCAAGUAUAUUGUACGACUGCCCUUCAGACAGGGCCCUCCGAUUGAUAUCGGCUGUACGCGCCCUUCUGCCGAACGUCUGUAUCAUUCGUUAUCGCGGCGGCUCCGCUCGCAGCCCGCACUCAAGCGCGAAUACGAUGACUUCAUGCGUACGUAUGAGGAGCUCGGGCACAUGCGUCGGGCGUCCGUCACUGAGGGUUCACUUGAUCAACGCGUGUACAUCCCGCAUCAUCCGGUAUUCCGGGCGGAUAGUGUCACGAUACACUUGCGCGUCGUUUUCAAUGCGUCGAACCGUACAUCGAACGGAUCGUCGCUAAAUGAAUUUUUGCUUGCCGGGCUGAAACUGCAGACGGAUCUGCCUACCGUCAUAUUGCAAUGGCAUCAUUUUAAGUACGUCUAUUCGGCGGACAUCGCUAAGAUGUAUCGCCAGAUUUUGGUUGAUCCACGCGACGUCGAUUAUCAGCGCGUCUUGUGGAAUGACGAUCUCGCGGAGCCCCUUGACUAUCAGCUGCUGACUGUCACUUACGGGAUGAAAUGCGCUCCAUUUCUUGCGCUGCGCGUAAUCAAAUGCCUGGUCGACGACGAAGGACAUCGGUUCCCGCUCGUGGCUCCGAUUUUGCGCGAUCAAAUUUACAUCGACGAUGUAUUAUUCGGCGGGGAUGACCUCACUCAUCUGCGGACGGUCCGCGUUCAGCUCGUAUCUCUGUUGCGGUGCGGUCGUUUUGAGUUGCGUAAAUGGUCGAGUAAUUCUCCUGCGCUCCUUGCCGACAUUGAUCCUGAGGAUCAUGGUUUGGCCUGCGACAAACAAAUCGCGAUUGAUGACAGUGUUAAAAUCCUCGGUAUCGUAUGGAAUCCCUCGCGCGAUGUUUUUCAGUUCAAGGUAACUCUCGCAGAUGCUUUGCCUCGAAGUAAACGCGCGAUUUUUUCCACGAUCGCUAAGCUGUACGAUCCAUUAAGCUGGGUUACGCCUGUCACCAUUACCGCUAAAAUUCUUAUGCAGCAACUUUGGCGUCUCCAAACCUCGUGGGAUGGGGACAUUCCGGAGCCUCUACUCGGACAGUGGAAGGUACUCUACGCUCAAUUUUCAAAACUCAACGAUAUUCAAAUUCCGCGAUGGUCGGGCGUCCACGCGGAUAUCGUACAUGCGGAACUCCACGGUUUCGCCGACGCGUCUAAUCUCGCAUACGCGGCUUCUGUAUAUUUGAAGGUCGUUACCGUCUCUGGCGAUACUACGCUUUUUUUGCUUGCUGGCAAAUCAAGGGUGGCGCCGAUUGCCCCCCUUACUAUCCCGCGACUUGAAUUGUCGGCUGCUGUACUUCUAGUUCGUCUCAUGCAGUUCGUUCGCAAAUCUCUCGCUGACCGGGCUACUCCUUGUAUUUGCUGGACUGACUCUACGAUCGUCCUCGCCUGGGUACGUGCUCACCCAUCUCGGUGGAAAACGUUUGUCGCCAACCGAGUUCAAGACGUUCAAUCGCGAUUGCCGGACGCUGAGUGGCGGUACGUGCCUACGCUAGACAACCCCGCGGAUUGCGCGUCGCGAGGACUACCCGGCGACGAGCUUCGCGAUCAUUCGUUGUGGUGGCAGGGCCCACCCUGGCUUCAAUUCAACAGGGAGAAUUGGCCUCCGGAGCCUGUCCCUCGCUCUGCUGACGCUCUUACCGAAGAGCGAAUUACUGCACUUCUUAUUUCUGAGCCCGCAGAUCAAUGGGAUCUUGCUUCCCGAUACUCGUCGUGGCCUAAAUUAAUUCACGUAACGGCGUACAUUUUCAAAUUUAUAACCGCCUGUCGCGUUCGGAACGCUUCGACUCACCCGGUAGCUCUCACGGGUGUCGCUCUCUCGUCAAACGAUUGCAAUCUCGCCAGAACGUUCUGGAUAAAACGAAUCCAGGCAGAGCUGUUCACGGACGAGAUGCGUCUGCUAACCAAAGGUCAGACCAUCUCACCGAAAAGUUCGAUUGUCGCCCUUGGGCCGUUUCUCGACGAGGAAGGGAUCUUUCGUGUGGGGGGUCGUUUGCGUUACGCUCCCCUUCUAUACCGGGUGCGACAUCCUAUAUUAUUAGCUUCACACCCUCUCGUGCAACUCAUUAUCUUGCAAGCUCAUAUGCGAGCCUUGCACGGGGGCCCGCAACUCACAAUAAGUAUUAUCCGCCAAGAAUUUUGGGUGGUGCGCGCUCGGAGUUUAGUGAAGGCGGUCAUACACGCGUGCAUAAAAUGUUGUCGCGAACGAGCUGCAACCCCGUUGCAGUUGAUGGGCGAUCUCCCUAAGGUGCGUGUGUCGCCUCCGCCUCGCAGCUUCGCGCAUUGCGGGAUCGAUUACGCUGGGCCCGUUAAAUUCCGCGCAUCCGCCGGUCGCGGAAUCCAGUCACGAAAGGCAUAUAUUACCUUAUUCAUUUGCAUGGCUACUCGAGCCAUUCACCUCGAAUUAGUCGGGGACUACUCCACUCCGUCAUUCCUCAACGCGUAUCUAAGAUUCUGUUCGCGUCGAGGUCUGCCGCAAUCGAUGUAUUCAGACAAUAGAACGACGUUCGUUGGCGCUGACCGAGAACUCCGGAUCGCCUAUCAGUCGUCGAUUCGCGAUUUCGAGUUCUUAAACAAAACCGCGGACGAUAAUGUGUUAUGGCAUUUUAUCUCCCCCUCUGCUCCUCAUUUCGGAGGACUGUGGGAAUCGGGCGUCCGCAGCGUGAAACAUCACCUCCGUCGGGUUUUGGGGGAAGCCACUCUAUCGUUCGAGGAGUUUGCGACUCUUCUUUGCAAGAUCGAGGCGUGUCUAAACUCGCGUCCAAUCGCACCGUUGUCGGAUUCUCUUGAUGACUACGAGAGUCUGACGCCGGGCCACUUUUUGAUCGGAUCCGCGAUCACCGUGCCCCCGGAACCGUCGCUGCUGAAGCUCAAUGAGAAUCGCUUGUCGCGUUGGCAACUCAUUCGCCAAAUCACCGAACGGUUUUGGAAACUUUGGGCAAGCGACUACGUUAAUACGCUGCAGCAGCGCGGCAAAUGGCGACAUCCGACGGCGUCAGUGGAACUCGGGCAACUCGUUCUUCUACGUAACUCUACCUUGUCUCCCUGCAACUGGGAGCUCGGCCGAGUCAUCCGCUGUCACCCCGGUUCGGACGGGCUAACGCGGGUCAUCACUGUGCGGACCGCGACCUCGGAAUACAAGCGCCCGAUCGUAAAGCUAUGCCCGUUGCCGAUCAAAAGCGCCGCACAAGCCGACGUUGAAUAA